GGUCGGGCCCAUGGGCGGGCCCCGCCGCUCCCGAAGGGGACCUAUAUAAGUAGACUCGCUCGGCGCAUAAAGCGAUCCUAUAACACAAUCACCUUCGCCUCAUCAUCAACCAGACAUGCGCCCUCCUGUGAGUAUCGUUACUCCUUUUUCUUUUCUGUCACCUGUUUCAUUCAUUCUAACCGUUGACAUAACAGGAACUACUUUGUCCUCGAGGAUAAACUUAAUUUCCAUAAUUGGGUGAAGAUAUUUUUGUGCAAUGUAACAAUGUGCAUUAAUUGUGUAAACGAUUGAAUUUGUGUAAGAGUGAAUUGUUUGCCUCGCGAAUAAAAUUGGCUUUAAGUGCAAUGAUGUGGAUUAAUUAACGAAAUAGAAUAGAUUUUUUUUAGAAGAGAUUUAUUAUAAGAGUAAAAAAUGUUUAUCUCGUAAAUUUGAUUCCACAAGGAUUAUAUUAAUUUCAGUGAAAGAGCAAAUGUCUUAGAAUUGUACAAAAUAUGUCAUACUAUUAUAAAUUUUUUUAAAUGCACUUUUCACAGACAGAAAAAUUAUAAUGAUCAUAUUUAUGUGGGUUCUAAGAUUGUAAGUUAGAUUUCAGUGGUUUGCGGUCGGAUUGUUAUAACCAGCGUUUGCAUUCUUUUGAUGAAGAAAUGAUCGUAUCGAAAUUUCACAUAGCUUUAUUGAUUAAAGAAAAUCACAGUAAAUUACGAUAAUAGCGCAUCGUUUUCGCGCCACCGACUUUUCUCUAAUGCACAUACGAGGCCAUUGGAAAGUGUUCCGAAUACCGAAACGUUUUUAUGCAAAUUUAUGUCACCAGGUGCUGUUACUCUUGUUUUGCCUCGGCCUUGCGGUCGCCCAGCACAAUCAACCGUAUCCUGUGACUACCCCGGUGCCUAUCUUAAAACAAAUAAAUAAGCACAACGAAGAUGGCAGCUACAGUUACGGUUUCGAGGCGGCGGACGGGUCGUAUAAGAUCGAGUCCAAGUAUCCGAACGGCGAGAUUUACGGCAAAUAUGGCUUCGUGGACGACACCGGGAAGGUGCGCGAGGUCGAGUACGGCGCGUCCAGGCGCGGCUUCGAGCCGGUCGGUGCUGGGAUAAACGUGCCCCCGCCAACCUUGACCGGCAACGGCAUCGCCGGGAACGCGAACGAACCCGAAGACGACGGGCAGUACCGCGAGGAUCCGAACAUCUAUCACACCGAUCCGCGCUACACUAACGGGGAACGUUAUUACGAUGUCGCACCUAAGUACAGACAGCCACCGAUCGUCUACAAUCCGCCGCAGCAGAUUGCACCGGCUGCUUACGAUCAACCGAGGCAUAAAGCGCCCGUCAAGCAUCGACCGGCAUCGGUGAGCUCACGAUUCCAGUCAGUGGAAUAUCGACCGCAGUAUCGAACGCAGUAUCAGGGUCAACAGCUACAGUCUGCAUAUCCUUCGCUCGCGAUUUCGGCCGAUUCUCAAGGAUUUGUCCCGACCAAUAUCGACAAUGCCGGAUUAGCAUCUUACACGGUUCAUUAUAAACGAUAAAAAAAAAAGGAGAAGGAAGAAAAGAGAAAGGGAGUCGAGCAAUUGAAUAUGCGUGUAUAUAUACUUUAUAUUCUUAUAUUCUGAGAUUCGUUGCUCUGAAUAUUUAUUUAAUUACUGAUAUGUAAAACUGGUUGGUGUCGCCGUCGGAAUAUUUUCGAUAACACACUGAUUUUGUUGUGGCAAUUUAGUGAUAAAUUGCAUCAGUAUAUAGGCACUUUACGAUUAGUUUUAACGUGUUUUUAGGCUGUAUUUGCCUUUUGUUUACGCGAGUUUCGAAUGAGACAGUAUUUUCUACCUCCGGUUCGCCGACGUUUUCUCUCUACCGCUUUAGAAAAGUCUCUACCUCUUUCACAAAAAACAACAUUUAAAAAAAUGAUAUUAAUAUGACUAAAUUUUUCAAUUUGAUUAAAUUUCUUCAGUUCAAGU